UUGGCUCGAUAAUUAGUGCAUUAUUUAAGAUUAAUUUGUCUCAAUAUUGCCUGGGAUUGAAUUGGCCAAGAUUGAUACUACUAUUUAUUUUUUUUCGUUUUUUUUAUGAAUAACAUAUUUCUCUUUUCUUUAUUCAAAAGGACGGAUCUUUGCAAACAUGAAAUCUAAGCGAUUGAUUUUGCCAAAUGAAAUACUCCAAUACUGAAGUUGUACAGAACAAUUGUCUGAAACAAAAAUCUUGCGAAGGAGCAUGGCGGCUUGUGCGAGAGCUCUGAUUCCUCGCCUAACUCUGGUCAAACCGGGUAAAACUGCUCAAAUCCCUCUCCCUUACCCAGAUUUCAGCCACAUAAAUGACGUAUAUGAUGCGGUUUCAUUGUACCGUGAAAUGAUGAGCGUUAGUCCACACCCCUCCCAUACUGUAUUCAACAAAUUGUUGUCUGUUACCGUCAAGAUGAAACAUUACUUGAUUGCCCUCUCCAUGUUCGAUGAAACGCGUCAAUCGAGCGUGGUGAUAAAUAACUACACGUUCAAUAUCGCAGUCAAUUGCUAUUGCCAUCUCAAACGGGUUGAUCUAGGUUUCGCUAUGUUGGGCAGCUUAUUGAAGCUAGGGCAUGAGCCAAAUGUGGCGACUUUUACCACUCUCUUGAAAGGGCUUUUUAGAGAUGGUAAUUCAGUUGAAGCAGAGAUUUUGUUUAGAAAGGUGUUAGCUUGUGAACUUUGUGAGGUUAAUGAUGUUAUGGUUGCGACUCUGAUUAAAGGGCUUAGCGAAGGGGGGAACGCUGGUGCAGCGUGUUAUCAUCUUGAGGUGUUGGCGAAGACGGGCUACAAGGCUAGUGUCCAUGCUUAUAAAACUGUGCUUGAUGCUUUGUGCAAGGGUGGGAUGGUUGAUGAUGCGAUGCAGCUAUGGCCGAAAAUGGUCGAGAGGGGCGUUUUACCCGAUGCUGCCACGUAUACUUCGAUGAUCUAUAACUUGUGCGUUGCUGGGAGGUGGGAAGACAUGAGGAAAUUGAUUUGCGAUAUGCGCGAUGCUAAAAUGCGUUUGAAUGCGGCCGCUUUUAAUAUAUUCAUCAACAUUCUUUGCAAGAAGGGGAUGGUGAAGGAGGCGGAGGAUAUGGUGGGAAUUAUGUUGGAGCAGAGGGUUUCUCCGGAUGCUUACACUUACACUACGUUGAUAGAUGGCUAUUGUUCGCAAGGGGAAAUGGAUCGAGCGAAAGACUUGCUUGAUUACCUAGCGGAUAGAGGUAUUGAGCCCAAUAUGAUCGCGUAUAGCAGCUUGAUUGAUGGAUAUUGCAAGAAACGAAGAGUAAAUGAAGCUUGGGCCGUCUUUCUUGAAGUUUCCCGUAGAGGCUUACGCCACACAACUAGUACCUAUAACGCCAUGAUACAUGGAUUGCUUAGUGUAGGCAAAUGUGCCGAUGCCUGGAGACUUUUCAAUGAUAUGCAAGCUCAAAAUGUGCAUCCUGAUGUGAUUACGUGUAAUAUCUUGUUGGAUGGCCUGCGCAAGGCUCGUCAAAUGGAUUAUGCGUUGUCACUAGUGCACUCAAUGGAAGAGCGAGGAGUUAAUCCAGAUAUGAUCACGUAUAAUAUCCUUAUCAGUGGAUUGUGUAGAGAAGGAAAACUGGACCUCGCUAGAGAUGUUUUCUACCUACUUCCUUCUAAAGGUUUAAGACCUGAUGUUAUGACAUAUACUGCUGUUAUUGGCUUGCUAUGUGGAAGAGGUCUGACGAGGGAGGCAAUAUGGUUGCUUAAAGAAAUGGAGAGAUGUGGCUGCCCGCCUGAUGGCGUGACAUAUUAUGUUGUGAUCGAAGAGUUGCUGAAAAGAAAUGAUCUUCAGAAGGCAAUUCCAGUCUUCGAGGAAAUGAGCCGAAGGGGUUUCUCAGUCAAUUCAUCUAUGGCUUCAAAGCUUCUUUGUGAAGUGCAAAAACAACGGAAAUACAGUGUACUUGGGGAGAUGAUUAAGAGAGUUGUGCCGGAGAAAAUGCGAACUUCAUUUUAUGUUAGCAGAUAGGUAUGGUCUUCGCUUUGCUUUGCUUUGAGAAAUGGAGAAAUGUGGCUGUGAACUCGAUAGGGUGGUGAACAAAGGUUUGCUAUAAGGCAAUUCCAAUCUUCUGGGAAAAUGAGCCGAAGGGGUUUCUCAGUCUAUCCAUCGAUGGUUUCUGUGCUACUUGAUCAAGUGCAAGAACAAGAGAAAGAUGAUGUUGUGAAGGUGGUUGAGAAUGUUUUAACAGAUAAGGUGAGCUUCAUUUUUAGAUCAUGUUUCUUUAGCCUGUAUUGAAGUGGAAAUAUUUUUCUUGAAUAUAAUGCUCCAAUUCUUUUAUUAGAUCAA